UGCCUGAGGCCCCACCUCGGCCUUCUCGCGGCUUGAGACCACCGGUGCUCCGAAUUCGUCUACAUAUCUAGGACAUGCGGCUGGCAUCUUCUCAAUUAUUGCACCUGUCGCUCUACAUCACCUCGGAGAAAGCCCAUAGAGAUUUGAUUCAAUCUAGUGCCAGCAGCCCUCGACGUCUUAUAAAAGAAAGCCAAUUGGCCCCCUCCCAAAGCAAGAAAGAAUGUCUCUGGAAAUAAUCGCGUAUGUCCUCGGUGCCCUGACCGCCAGCGGCGGGACCAUAGGCUACGUCAGGACGGGUUCGGUGCCGUCCAUCGCGGCCGGGUUGACAGUUGGUGUCCUAUACGGCCUCGGGGGAUACCGCCUGCAAUCGCGCCAACCCUACGGCAUAGAGUUUGCCCUUCUCGCCUCAGUCGUGCUCGGCGGCGCGUCGAUCCCCCGUGCCCUCCGCAGCGGAAAGCCGGUUCCUACCAUACUGAGCCUGGUUUCCAUCUUCGGUCUGAUCACAUUCGGCAACGCGUUCAGGAAGAGUUUUUCGGCGUAGGACGGCGGGGGACCAGCCGGCUGGAGGGCGUAGAUGAAGACGACUUGGGACCUAUUUGUGGUAGGCGAGAUCGCUUGGAUGGGUGUCGCAAACUUCUCUCAAAACUCCUUGGCGGCUCACCGCCGCUGAUCAGAGCAAGUCUCGUAACGCUGAGCUCAGGGUUGUGGUCGGAGAGGAAUAGAAAUAUGAAGUCAAUGUUACCAGACUGUGUGCUCUGGAAAGUACUCGUCAUUGCAGACCAACCCGAACCCCCCGAAGACUUUGAUGCUUCUCGAAACGCCAUACCAUGCGAUAUCGUGCGCUCCUCGGGUCCUUGCCGUUAUACUACCAGAGAUCGGAGAUAGGUAGGAAGGCCGCCGCCGCCGGCCAACGGCAGAUGCCUUGGCCUGCUCACGAGUUCUCGUCAAUAUCCGCCCAAGUCUUCUUGAUCUUUUCGCGCUUGGCCUUGGCGGCCUCUCGGUUCAGCGCAAUGCGCUUCAGUCGCUCCGCUCGUAGGCAUAGCGUAACUUGGUUUUUGGCGUCGCUGCACAUGCCCAGCGACUUCCAAAGAAAACCCCUGGCGUGGCAUUCUUCGAGGGCGGUCAUGACCUCCUCGCAGGCUACAAACCAUCGCAUCCGUUAGCAUACGAGGGACGCGGGAUAAACGGGCAGGUAGGCGGGCGUGCAAUGGGAGAAUGUGUACCGAUGUUGUCCUUGGUAUGUAAG